ACGUCAGUCUAUCAAAAGUCAAAAUAAUCUAAUUAUAACAUGAUAGUCUAAUGCUUGCUAAAAUAGUUUAUAUUUAUUAAAUAUAUUGAAAAGAAAAUAAUUAAGACAUUCUUUAAUACGCCUUACAAUAUUUUUGCUAUGAUAUCCCUUUACGUGGAAAAAGGAGUUGCAUAUGUAUGGAAUGCAGAAGAUUGGUUCACCCUUCGUACGCAACAUAGAAUAUGCGGCGCACUUGUAGGAACUCUGCCUUCCUACCCGAGGCAAAACGACUUCUUUGGUCUGCCGGUGGCCCUCAUGUCUGAGGAAGCAGCAUUGUUAGUAAAUAAGGGAAUAUGUGAAUUAUAUGAACUUCCAAAAAUUACAUGCAAACCUAAUAAAUCCGACAAACAAAAUGCAAAAAGUAUGGAGGAAAAAGUAUUAGCAGAGCAAACAGAAGCCUUAAGAAAGCGAAGAAUUGAACAACUAUCACAGAAAAUUGACAUUAUAGUUGCUGGAAAAAGGCAGAAACUUAUUACAAAAAAAAUUCCCAUUACAGAAGAAAACUUGAAUAAACAAGCAUUGUUGCAGGAAGAAAUAGAUAAAUUACCCCCUUUGUUGCCAGCUCAUGUGCUUGUGCACUUACCUACACAGCACCAUAUGGAUACAGAAAAAAGUAAAGUUGGCUUAGAUGUUUUGAGUCCUAGCAUAAGGGAAGGAGACGGAGUUCUACAUUUCACUGUUUUUGAUGAUCUUUGGGAAAAAGGCCAUUAUAUUACAAGUGGCUCCAAAUUUGGAUCAGAUUUUCUUGUUUAUGCAGGGGACCCUGUCAAAUUUCAUGCUAUGUAUAUGGUUCGCUGUAUAAAAGAUGAUAAGACAUCCUUCAGACCUAUCAACCUCAUAACAUUUGGAAGAUUGUCAGUAGCUGUGAAUAAAAUAGCUCUUUUAGCGUUUUGUAACAUAUAUGGACAAGUUCAAUACCAAACUCUACAAUGGCAUGAUAAUACUAAUUAAAUGAUAUAUAAACUUACAA